UUUCUUCUUCUUCUUCUUCUACUUCUGUGUAGAUAUAAUAAUAUGGCUUUGUCGGUAAUAACAUCAGGGAAGAUCGCUCAUCAUCUCAAAGGAAAGAUGGGUUUGCUGGGAGUUCUUAUUCACAGCUCGUCCUUGUGUUCUUCCCUUCGUCAUCGUCAUCACCAUUGUUCUUCUUCAUCAUCAUCAUCAUCAUUAAUCCCUCACAAUUCUAGAAACCCAGAUGCAGUUUUUAGUGAUUCAGCACCUGGUUUCUCUAUUCGACGCUAUGAAUCCACCAAAGCUCAAAACCAACUUGAUUCACUCUUCGUUGAUCAUGACGACGAGAUUCAGGUCCUAGAUUUUCCAGGGGGAAAAGUGAUGUUAACUCCUGAGAUGAGAUUCAUAAAUGAGUCACCUGAGACUAGAAUAAAAUGCUACAGGGUUCUUGAUGACAAUGGACAGCCAAUUAUGGGCAGCAAUUUUCAGGAGGUAAGCCAGGAACUUGCUAUGAGAAUGUACAGGAACAUGGUCACUCUUCAAACGAUGGACACCAUUUUCUAUGAAGCUCAGAGGCAAGGAAGGAUCUCUUUCUAUCUCACUUCAAUUGGAGAAGAGGCCAUUAACAUUGCAUCAGCAGCUGCAUUUACAAUUGAUGACAUUGUUUUGCCUCAGUAUAGGGAACCAGGUGUUCUCCUAUGGCGUGGCUUCACUUUGCAAGAAUUCACGAACCAGUGCUUUGGGAACAAAGCUGAUUAUGGUAAAGGUCGGCAGAUGCCAAUCCAUUAUGGGUCUAACAAGCACAAUUACUUCACUGUUUCAUCCCCAAUUGCUACGCAACUUCCACAAGCUGUGGGAGCUGCUUAUUCAUUGAAAAUGGAUGGAAAAGAUGCAUGUGUGGUCACCUAUUUUGGCGAUGGAGGCACAAGCGAGGGAGAUUUCCAUGCUGCUUUAAAUUUUGCAGCAGUUCUGGAAGCACCAGUUGUUUUCAUCUGUCGCAAUAAUGGGUGGGCCAUUAGUACCCCAACAUCAGAACAAUUUAGAAGCGAUGGUAUUGUGGUUAGAGGUCAGGCUUAUGGUGUUCGUAGUAUCCGUGUAGAUGGAAAUGAUGCUCUUGCUGUUUAUAAUGCAGUUAAAGCAGCACGCAAAAUGGCAAUAAGUGAACAGAGACCGAUCUUAAUUGAGGCCCUUACGUAUCGGGCUGGGCACCACUCUACAUCUGAUGAUUCUACCAAGUAUCGCUCGGCCAAUGAAAUUGAACACUGGAAAAUAGCACGAGACCCUGUAAGUAGAUUAAAAAAAUGGGUUGAAAGGAAUGGUUGGUGGACAGAUGAAAAUGAAUUAGAGCUCCGAAGCAGCGUGAGGAAGGAGCUGUUGCAUGCAAUUCAGGUUGCAGAGAAAGCGGUAAAACCUCCACUUGCAGACUUGUUUACAGAUGUUUAUGAUUGCCCCACAUCUAGUUUAUCCGACCAAGAAAGGUUGCUCAGAGAGACAAUCAAGAGACACCCACAGGACUAUCCCCCCGAAGUUCCUGUGUAGAUAGCCCUGGUGGAAAUCUGGAUGGAUGGAGUUAUCUCCUUCAGAGAGCAUGAAGUCCUCCACAUUGCAUCUAUCUAUCUGUCAGUACACCUUUAUUAAUUAAUCAGGUGUUGCGCCCAAAUUGGGCACUUUCAGAAUUGGGAAUUAAAUGCAUAUCAUAUCUUGUGAUUAAAUGUGGCAAUGAGAAACAAGGAAAUGAAAGCUGUAAAUUGUUAAAAAUUGAUCAAUGAAAAGCUUAUACAGGAAAUCCAUUGCAAUCUU